CUUAAGUACAGUAUACUUUUUAACAGUAAUUACCAUUCGGAGCCAUGUUUCGUGUGAACUGUAAUGUUUAUGGAUUGGGUUGGGAUUAUCAUAAAAUAUAAAACGUCAUGUGAGCUUCAAAUUUAGCGCCUUUUACACGACAUCUAGCGGAAGUGUUUUGCUCAAAAUCGUCAAAGUUUACACACGUGUGCUAUGCCGGGGUUGUCGGUGUUCUAGAACGAGAAAAAUUCAAUAAUAGCAGUUAUUUACGAUAAUUUGUGCAAACAGUAUGCCAGAAUUAAGAUGAAAUAAAUUCAGAAGUAUUUUUCCGCAAUUUUUAUCGACUAUUUGUAAAAAUGAGUGACUCAGAGGAUGGAGAUUUUAAAGUUACAGGACCAGUAGACAAUGCCUGGUCUCUGAAAAUUCCAGAAUUCAAGCCAGAAGACAACCCAAAUCGUCUCUUGGAAGAAAGUUCUUUUGCCACACUUUUUCCCAAGUACAGGGAAAAGUAUUUGAGGGAAUGUUGGCCUCUUGUGCAGAAAGCCCUGAGCGAACAUCAUGUAAAAGCCGAGCUUGACCUAAUUGAGGGUAGCAUGACAGUGAAAAGCACACGAAAAACGUGGGACCCAUAUAUUAUUAUUAAAGCUCGUGAUAUGAUAAAACUAAUGUCACGUUCAGUGCCAUUUGAACAGGCAGUUAGAGUGCUUCAAGAUGAUAUUGGUGCUGACAUUAUCAAGAUUUCAUCCUUUGUUAGAAAUAAGGAAAAGUUUGUGAAGAGGCGACAGAGACUGAUUGGACCAAAUGGUUGUACGUUGAAGUCUAUUGAACUGUUGACAAACUGUUAUGUGUUAGUACAAGGUCAAACUGUAGCUGCGUUAGGCCCCUAUAAGGGUUUGCAACAAGUACGUCGCAUCGCAGAGGACACUAUGAAAAAUAUUCAUCCUAUCUACAACAUUAAAGCAUUGAUGAUCAAGAGGGAAUUGGCCAAGGAUCCAAAGUUGAAAAGUGAAAAUUGGGAAAGAUUCUUGCCUAAAUUCAACAGUAAGAAUGUUAGCAAACGGAAGCAACCCAAGAAUAAGAAGGAAAAGAAACCGUACACACCCUUCCCACCACCACAACAAGAAAGCAAGAUUGAUAAGCAAUUGGCAACUGGUGAGUACUUCCUUAAGGAAGAACAGAAGAGAGCCAAGAAACGCAAGGAACAAGAAGCAAGACACGAAGAAGCUACCAAGAAACGAGAGGAGCGCAGGGCUCAAGCAUUUGUACCACCCGAAGAGAAAAAAGCGAAAGUUAGUGAACCAAAAAGUGACAUUGACAUAAAUGAGUUGAAAAAGAAAGUUAAGAAGGGACUGAAAAAGAAAGAUAAGAAAACGUGAAUGUUGUAGUGUAAUGAUGUUUGAGUAAAUAAUUAUUUGUACAAAGUUUUUUGGAAAGAUCCUUGUUUUAUUAAAAAACUUUACCUUAUAA